AAACCCUGCCUAAUCCUGCCAUCUGUCAGAGAGCAGUUUACCGGCCAAGACUCUCUCCACUAGGCUAAUUAGAAAGCCAGAAGAACAGACCCAGAGAGGAAAAAAAGAAAUUUCCAAAACACACUUUUCUGUCUGGUACUGUUCAAGGCAGUGACAAAUGGAGGAGACGUACCUUCUCAACCAUCCAGGUGUCCGGAAGAAGAUACUGGCAGGAGGCGCAGGACCACUGCCACACUUACCACCUGGGACAAAGCUGGUUUUCCAUUUCCAGACGCUGCUGGACAACUUUGAACGUACAGUCAUCGAUGACAGCCGACUGGCUGGCAGGCCGGCUGAGAUUUUUGUUGGAAAGAUGUUCAAGAUGGAAGUCUGGGAGACCUUGCUGGCUUCCAUGAGGAUUGGAGAGGUGGCUGAGUUCUGGUGUGAUGCCGUUCACACAGGCUUGUACCCCAUCGUGUCCAAGGGAAUGAGGCUAAUCGCUCAAGGGAAAGACCCCCUUGAGGGUCAGAGACACAUGUGCGGCAUGGGAAACAUGUUCAACUAUCACUCCACUGGUUUCCCAGAGCUGGAUGAGCUAAUGAGAACUCCUCAACCACUCAUUUUUAUCAUGGAGCUGCUGCAGGUGGGAGACCCCAUGUCCUACCAAAGAGAGUCGUGGAUGAUGGAAAAGGAUGAGAAGCUUCAGGAGGUGCCAAUUCUCCACAUGCAGGGCAAUACGCUGGUCAGGCAGAGACAAUUCAGAAAUGCUGCCAGCAAGUACAAAGAGGCCGUCCUGCUGCUGAAAACAGUCCAGUCCAGAGAGAUGCCGGGUGAUAUAGACUACAUUAAUUUGGGUCGAAUGAUCAUCCCCCUGGAGUUGAACUACUGCCAGUGUAUGUUGGAGCUGGAGGAGUAUUAUGAAGUUAUAGAGCACACCACCGAACUGCUGGAGAAACACAAAGACUGUGUGAAGGGCUACUACAAGAGAGCCAAGGCCCAUGCUGCUGUGUGGAAUGAAAAGGAAGCCCGGAGAGACUUCAACAUGGUGGCCCACCUUGACAUCACUCUGGCCUCUCUUGUCAGUCGAGAGCUGAAAACCCUGUCAGAGCGCAUGAAGGAGAAGUACUGGGAGGAGAAGGAGAAAUACUGGAACAUGCUGGAGAAAAAGGAGAACAAAAAUGAAGAGAGAGAGGAGGAUGAUGAUGAAGAGGACGACGACGAGGUGGAAGACAAAGGAAAACAAGAAAAUGUGACCACAGAGAGUAAAGAUGAAGUGGAGGAAGAAAAAGGUCAAGCUGAAGCUGAAGCCCAUAAAGAGGAACUCGGGGGAAAUAAGGAAGCGAGCUCUUCUGAGAUCAAUCCAAACGCUGCCAAUAAAAAAGAGGGAAAGGACUGGCAGCAGAUGUUACGACUGGUCAUGUUUCUGCAGAAGGAAGGAAACUUCCUCAUUAAAGAAAACCACUUCGAAGAGGCUUCUGUAAAGUUCAAGGAGGCCAUAGAAUAUGUGGACAUCCUUCAAAAUAUGCAGGUGAAUCAACAGAACGAGGACUGGGAGUCGCUGGAGAAAGUGCGCAUUCCACUGACUCUCAACCUCAGCCAGUGCAUGCUGGAGCUUAAACAAUACCAGCAAGUGGUGGAGCUCAACAACAAGCUGCUAAAGAAGCAGAAAGGUAACUUUAAAGCAGUCUAUCAGCGGGCACGAGCACACGUUGCUUUAUGCAACGAGGAUGAAGCUCGGAGGGACCUUGAUAUGGUGGAGAAAUUAGACCCAAUGUUUAAACCCUUCGUCCGCCAGGAACUGAGAAAGCUGGGUGAGAGCGUACGCACCAUGCACGCCCGCCAGAAUAAGACUUACUGGGAUGCAACACAGGAGAAGUGGGGGCCUGGUGGGAGCAAGGCAAAGAGUGCAGCAAGAAAGAAGAAUGUCAAAUGCACACAAAAAGCCACUGAAGAAAAAACUGAAACAGCUAAGAAGACAGCAGACAGUAAGAUAGAAGACAAGAAAAGCUCAGAGAAACCCGCUCCUGCUGAGACCGAGGGAGUGGGUGACGCAGAAACAGAGAAAGACGUAGAUGUGAAAGCAGAGCAGAGUGAUCUAGAGAGUAGGAAAGUGACUGGAGAGGGGUUAGAUAAUGAAAAUAUAGAGAGUGUCGUGGUUCACGAGGACGGUCAGGGUGCACAAGAUAAUCGAGCGACAGAUAAAGAUAGCGAUCCCGCGCCCACCAGCACAUGCCAAAAUAAUGUGAGCAAGAGAUCAGCAAGCGAUAAGGGCAGAAAGAAGGUCAAAUGCCAAUCAGGUGCUGCACCGGGCCCAAGCAGAACCAGCCAAGGGAGCAAAGUCACCUGGGAUAAGCCAGGAAAUGGUGGCACUCAAUCAGAAUAGACCAAUGGGUUGGAAUUGGCCUGUGCAGAGCCAAAGGACGGUGGAGAGAUGCAGAAAGUAAAACGCCUGGAAAGACAAGUGAUAAACAGCCAAGCCUCAAGUCUCAACAGGAAAUAUUGAUUAGGUCACAUACAAGAAAAAUGAAUAUAAACAGCCUGCAUUUGGCACCAUCCGGACUUAAAUUUCAUUAUUCAGUUCUCAAACUGCAGGCACAUAAAAAUAAAAAGAGCACAGGCAGACAAGGAGUUUGCCAAAUACAAAGUUUUUAUUUCUGUACACAAAGAGUAGAAAGCAGCCAGUAACCCACUUGUUAUUACAGUAAAAAGCCUUUCUUCAGAAAACGUUUUAUACAGAUUAAAAACUCCAGAAAAAAGACAGCAAGAAGUGUUUGGACAAUAACAUAAAAUCAAAACCAUUAAACUAUAAACAUUUGAAUGAUUAAUGAGGUAUAUUAAUGGUUAUUAAAAAAACUAAUUUCACCAGUAAGGUAUGAGUGUGUGUAUAUAUAUAUAUAUGUGUGUUAGUGUUAUCAAACACCUUGUUUGAAGUUAGGUGAUUCAUUGCCCUGUCCUGUGAGAGGAGAGACACAAGCUUAGAUGCAUGAUAGCAAACAUUGGAGGUUGUGAAAACAAAGGUAGGCAAGUAAUGAUCGUUAGCGUGGUGGCCAGCUACAUGCAGUUAACAGAGGUCUGGAGAGAGACAGCAGUGUCCUCUGGGGUGACUCUUGCCUCUGUGGAGAGCCUUUUUUUUCAAUCACACAGCUUCAGUCACGCCACAGGGAGCAGGGUAUGCUUCAGCGUGUGAAGGGAAUAUAGGGAGCCACUACCAGUAUAGAAAUGUGUACAUGGAUCAGACCUCACAUGAUCACACAGUCAAGGAGAUGAGUGUCAAACAGCAGCAGAGUGACACACGGGGACAAUCUGUGAAUAACCACAUAGUGUAUUUAUUUCAAUCUGCCUCUGAUAUGUUGUUUAAAAAUAAAACACAACCAAUGUUGACAGGCAGCCCUAUGGGGAGUUCUUCCUCUUCUUUUCACAUGUGGCCCCUGUUACAUCAUUUUGUGCACCCACAUACAAAAGUAUGGAGAUAAAAGUGUGAUCAUCAAUGCUUAAUGACGUGUGAAUACCAAUAAAUGUAUGUCUAUGAAUAAA